AUGGAUUCAGAUUGUAAAAUUGACGACUUUGUGAAUGUCGCGGUAAGGAUUCGGCCAAUUUUAAGUCAAGACGGCACAGAGACCCCAUGUUUGCAGGUUAUUAGUCGACAACCUCCCGUGAUAUUUUUAUUAGAUCGAGCACAAACAUAUUCAUUUGACAAUAUAUUCAAAGAGGAAGUUGAUCAGGAAACAGUUUACAACGAAACUGUUAAGCCGUUGGUGGAUUAUGUUAAACGGGGCUAUAGCUGUACAGUAUUCGCCUAUGGACAAACGGGGACUGGUAAAACGUACACAAUGGGUACUAGCAGUUGGGUGAGGAAUCCGAGUGAUGCUGGCUUGAUACCUAGAGCUUUGGAACAGUUUUUUACAUAUUGCGAUGAUGACACCGAAACAGACAUAUCUAUAUCAUUCAUUGAAAUUUAUAACGAAAAGGUGUUUGAUUUACUUCAAAAUAAUAAGCCGCCGUUAACUAUAAAAGGAUUUCGUGUGGAAGGCCUCCGUCAAGAGAAGAUAUUUAAUUGUCAGGAAGCUAAACAUUUCUUGAGGAUGGGAAAUAGAAACCGGCAUAGUUGUGAAACCAAACAGAAUUCUAACAGUUCUCGAUCUCAUGCGAUAUUUACGAUCUACAGCAAUGUUAGGCAUAAGGAUUAUGAAACGACUGCCAAGUUGAACUUGGUCGACUUGGCGGGAUGCGAAAGCUUAAAAAAAACUGGAAAUCAAGGUAGUACCUUCCAGGAAGGAGUGAACAUCAACAAGGGUUUACUCUGUAUCGGCCAGGUUAUGACCGCACUAUCCACAAAUGCAAAUUUCGUACCUUACAGACAGUCCGUUAUAACAACAAUUUUGCAAGAUUCACUGAAUAGGAAAAACUUGGUGUCCCUCAUAGCUUGCGUGAAUGGAAACCCUGAGGACUGCAACGAAACCAUACAGACCUUAGAGUUUGCUCAGAGGGUUAAAAAGAUGAAGAACAAGCCGGAAGUGAACGAAGUAAUAACGCGGUACAAGAGGGACAAUCCCGUGUUGUUUCAACACGUUAGGACAAGUUGUACUCCUUUCAAGAGGCCUGCACCACUCCUUCAAACCCCUCGCUUGUCGAAACGAGCGAAAAUCUUUCCGUUAAAAGCAAUAAAUGAAUCAUCAGGUAACAUGACUGAGGCAAGCAGCCCAAAAUCAAUGUCUUCUAUUAGCGUUUCUUCAAUUACGAGUACUAGCGAUGUGGUACCUCAAUCUUUCAGCCCUGUUAUUAAGAAAUAUAUGGCUGCAAUGGAAGUGUCUUUGACGGAUAGAAUCGAGACUCUUAUUAAGAACACGCUGAAAAAACCGUCGAGAUCUUCGCUGCUAGCCCAGGGGAAGGAAAAGAGCGAAAAAGAAAAUACUCCGAGCUUGUCUUGGAAUAAGAUACAAAACGAAGUUUCUAAGUUAGUCAGGAGCGAAAUCGUGCAGUUAACUUCGAAAGCCAGCAGAGCAACGAGUAGUCCUAUAGAGGAGCUCGCUGGUUUGGAUAAGAUCAGGAAGGUUCUGCAAUACGAAAGUCCAGUACCUGAAGACGCAGAAAAGGAGGACGGUCAAAAAAACACAGACGGAUCCGAAGAGAAACCUUUAUUCAAAGUACCUGAGAAGCCUGUUGUGAAAAAGAAGCAUGCCGAGAGCAAACGAACACCUUCGGUUUCACCAAUCGAAUUUGAACCAAGGAGAAGCACGAGGCUGUCGUUGAAAAGGACCUUAAAGGAAGAUUCGGAUUUAAGUUUAGAAUCUAGUUGCAACUACUUAGUAAGGGAUAUGAGCUUAUGUGGCAGAGACGAUGUUAAUAAAUCCAAACUCGAAUCUCACUGCAACGACAUGAGACGUAGUUUGAGGUUGGCCGAGAAACGGAAUGACUUACAGGACAUCCAGAUGAAUAGUAGCGCCCAAUUAAAGAAAAAUUAUGAAAAUCCAUUUCCUAGUGGAAAUAAUAACAAAUCCAAAGAAAGUUCUGACAAAAAAUCGACUACGUUUAAAUUUCCCGAAUUGAUCAUUACAAACGUGAGCUCCGUUAUGAGAAAAACUCUUUCAAUUUCACCCGUAGAAUUUCUGCCAAGGCGAAGCACUAGGUUGUCCCUGAAGAGGACAAUCAAUGACCUAGAAAAAGAUGCCUCGUAUCACAGCAACACGAGCGAAUUAAAUUUUCAAGAACCUCAGUGCAGAAAUAUAAGGUGUAGUUUGAGAUUAAGCAGGAAACGGAAUGACUUACAGCACAGACGUCUGGCUCAGAAAGAAACAAAUAAUAACUCAUUAGGCGACUUUGAUUUAGACGCUACAGCCGAAACUAUUAAUAAGUCUAUGAAAAGUACAAAAAUGUCGGAACCGAACGACGAAUCCCCCGUAGUUAAUAAAAGACGUGGAAACGUUAGGUUUAACAAAAAAGCUAGUCCUAGAAGCAAAGUUACUACUAAGUUAACUGUCAGGGCUACACCCGCAGGGAAGAGGAUACAAAAUAAUGAAACUAGCGUAGACAGUCCAGCCACCGCCCACACUAAGGACGUUCUAAAAACGCUGAACAGAGGGAAAGUGAAAGAAUUGGAAAAAUUACACACCAUCGGUCCCAAAACCGCUCAACAAAUACUUUUGUUUAGAGACAUUAGGGGUCCUUUAAAUAAAAUAUCCGACUUAUCUUCGAUGCCAGGAUGGCACGGAAAAAAGUUCAAAAUAUUUGUCGAACAAAACUUUUUAAAGGAUGAAUUGAUAUAAGUACCACCUUUUCCCAUCCAAAUUGAAAAUCGAUACUAGGGGACAAUUUAUUAAUUUUCGUAAAUGACAAACUGUAUACAGGGUGAGUCAAAAUUCACUUUUCUGCAAAGUGUACGGAAAUAA